AUGAAGGGAGACACCAGACAGCUCAAUGGAGAGGACGACGCCAGCGGGAGGGAAGACUCCAUCGUCACCAAUGGGUCCUGCAGCGACCAGUCCUCCGACUCCAAGGACGCUCCCUCACCCCCCAUCCUGGAGGCGAUCAGCACCCCGGAGAUCAGAGGCCGAAGAUCCAGUUCCAGGCUGUCCAAGAGAGAGGUGUCCAGCCUGCUCAGCUACACUCAGGAUUUGACGGGGGAUGGAGAUGCAGAUGAAGGUGAAGACGGAGAUGGUUCAGAUACGCCAGUGAUGCCAAAACUUUUCCGUGAAACCAGGACUCGAUCUGAAAGCCCAGCUGUCCGAACCCGAAACAGUGCCUCCAGCUGGGAGAGGCACAGGCCCUCCCCACGUUCCACCCGAGGCCGGCAGGGCCGCCAUCACGUGGAUGAGUCCCCAGCCCCCGUGGAGUUCUCGACUACCACCAGGUCCCUGCGGCGGCGGGCAGCGUCUUCAGCGAGCACACCGUGGCCGUCCCCCUCCAGCCCCUACCUCACCAUUGAUCUCACAGAUGACGACGUGGUUCCUCAGAGCAGCAGCACCCCGUACACCCGUCUGGCCCAGGACAGCCAGCCGGAGACCCUGGAGUCCCCACAGGUGGACGUAGAGGGCAGAGAUGCAGACAGCACCGAGUACCAGGAUGGGAAGGAGUUUGGAAUAGGGGACCUCGUGUGGGGAAAGAUCAAGGGCUUCUCCUGGUGGCCUGCCAUGGUGGUUUCCUGGAAAGCCACCUCCAAGCGCCAGGCCAUGUCGGGCAUGCGGUGGGUCCAGUGGUUUGGUGACGGCAAGUUCUCAGAGGUCUCUGCAGAUAAGCUCAUGGCCCUGGGACUGUUCAGCCAGCACUUUAACCUCGCCACCUUCAACAAGCUGGUCUCUUACAGAAAGGCCAUGUAUCACGCCCUGGAGAAAGCAAGGGUGCGGGCUGGCAAGCUGUUCCCCAGCAACCCGGGAGACUCCUUGGAAGAUCAGCUGAAGCCCAUGCUCGACUGGGCGCAUGGGGGUUUCAAACCCACCGGGGUGGAGGGCCUCAAACCCAACAACAACCAAACAGUGAAUAAUAAGUCGAAGUUGCGCCGUGCAGGCAGUGGGAGCUUAGAACCCAGGAGACACGAGAACAAGACACGAAGACGCACCACAGAAGACUCAGCCACCUCCGAGUACUGCCCCCCACCCAAGCGCCUCAAGACCAACUGUUAUAACAAUGGCAAGGACCGAGGAGAGGAAGACCAGAGUCGAGAGCAAAUGGCUUCAGAUGUCACCAACAACAAGAGCAAUCUGGAAGAUAGCUGCUUGUCCUGUGGUAGGAAACACCCCGUGUCCUUCCACCCUCUCUUUGAGGGUGGCCUCUGCCAGACUUGCCGGGACCGCUUCCUGGAGCUGUUCUACAUGUACGACGACGACGGCUACCAGUCCUACUGCACCGUGUGCUGUGAGGGCCGCGAGCUCCUGCUGUGCAGCAACACCAGCUGCUGCCGGUGCUUCUGCGUGGAGUGCCUGGAGGUGCUGGUGGGCGCCGGCACGGCGGAGGGCGCGCGGCAGCAGGAGCCCUGGAGCUGCUACAUGUGCCUGCCGCAGCGCUGUCACGGCGUGCUGCGGCGCCGCCGGGACUGGAGCGUGCGCCUGCAGUCCUUCUUCACCAGCGACACCGGGCUCGAAUACGAAGCCCCCAAGUUAUACCCCGCGAUUCCUGCAGCCCGAAGGCGGCCCAUUCGAGUCUUGUCCCUGUUUGAUGGCAUUGCGACAGGAUACUUAGUCCUCAGAGAAUUGGGCAUUAAAGUGGAGAAAUACAUUGCCUCCGAAGUAUGUGAAGAGUCCAUUGCCGUGGGAACCGUCAAACACGAGGGCAACAUCAAAUAUGUGAAUGAUGUCAGGAACAUCACAAAGAAAAAUAUUGAAGAAUGGGGCCCCUUCGACUUGGUGAUUGGUGGGAGCCCAUGCAAUGAUCUCUCAAAUGUGAAUCCUGCCAGGAAGGGCCUGUAUGAGGGCACUGGCCGGCUCUUCUUUGAAUUUUACCACCUGCUGAAUUACACACGCCCUAAGGAGGGUGAUGACCGGCCCUUCUUCUGGAUGUUUGAGAAUGUCGUAGCCAUGAAGGUCGGCGAUAAGAGGGACAUCUCCCGAUUCCUGGAGUGCAAUCCAGUCAUGAUCGACGCCAUCAAAGUUUCUGCUGCUCACAGGGCCCGAUACUUCUGGGGCAACCUGCCUGGGAUGAACAGGCCCGUGAUAGCAUCAAAGAAUGAUAAACUCGAGCUGCAGGACUGCUUGGAGUUCAAUAGGACAGCAAAGUUAAAGAAAGUACAGACAAUAACCACCAAGUCGAACUCGAUCAAACAGGGGAAAAACCAACUUUUCCCUGUUGUCAUGAAUGGCAAAGAAGAUGUUUUGUGGUGCACUGAGCUAGAAAGGAUCUUCGGCUUUCCCGUACACUACACAGAUGUGUCCAACAUGGGGCGCGGUGCCCGCCAGAAGCUGCUCGGGAGGUCCUGGAGUGUGCCAGUCAUCCGACACCUCUUCGCCCCCCUGAAGGACUACUUUGCCUGUGAAUAGUUGCCCAGGCAGGCGGGGCGCCUGGGGCCCUGGGUGUGCCAGGGCAAGCCAGCACCCAGGAGCUGCUCCCGGGCCCCGCCUUCGUCUGCCCAGCUGUGUGGUGCCGGCCAGAGCAAGUGCCCUGGGCUGACCUGGCGGGGGCAGCCGACGGGCCACCUCCCUCUGCACAGUUCAGACCUGGCUGCUCAAGGCAGCCAGACACGGUGCUCAUUUUGUUUUCUAAAACUUUGAAACUUGAAGUAGUUAGAAGAUGGCUUUUUCCCCCUCCCGGGUUUUACUGCUCAGUCACAGUGGCUAAGACACCACAACCACAGUGCCGAAGGCUCGCCAGCACUCAGGCUCAUGUUGGAAAGUCAGCCCAGACAGGUAUGGCAAGACUAAGUUUUUUAGAAGGCCUGUGGUUUUUAAAUGUCUGCUGCCCCUUGUUUCCUGGAGCAGGGAGGAGUAAGCCAGUAGCUAAGGAACAACUUCAGACCCAGGGUGCUUUUUGCCUGGGGUAGCAGAAGAGGAAAUGACAACUAUGUCUGUGUUGAAGUUCCCUCACGGAGUUCCCCUUGCCUCAGACAGGGCUGGGUGCAACGUGGAGGCCCACUGAGGCGUUUCCACAGCGAUGAUGAUUUCAGCAGGGAUGACAUCAUCAUCACAUUCAGGGCUAUUUCUUACCCCAGACAGGUCAGGGCUACUCUCAGCUGAAACCCUCCCAGUGACUGCAAUGGACCCCUCAGGGAGCUCAGGAAGGGGUGGGGCAGUCAGGAGAUGCCCAGGGUUGGCUUCUCUCUGUCCUUCCCCAAGUGACUGGAGUGAAGGAGGCUUAGGUGAAGGCCCCCCCCCAACCUACCCCCACAAG